AUUAUCCUCCUCCUCCACAGCGACCUUUUUCGCUCCUGUUCAGUAAAGUAGUUGAGUAGUUUUUUUUUCUCUCUCUCUCUCGUUUGUCUCAAAGCCGUCGGCCGUGUGUGAACCCAGUGUGACUGUUGUCUUGCCAGCACCACACUCACCCUUAAAGCCAUGUGGCACCCCAUGGCAUCUCCCGCAACUGGAGGGAACUCUGGGAGGGACAUGGGAUAUGGUCACUAUUCCGCCGGGUCGAUGAGUGCCGCCCACACUCAUCCACCACCCAUGGGUGGGAUGGUGGGACACCCGUCCGUCAUCAGCACCUCCAGACAACUACAUUCUCCCAUGUCCACGUUGGGCUCACAGAUGAACGGCCUGGCCUCACCUUACCCCGUCAUUACGUCCUCGUUGGGCUCACCUUCUGUGUCCCUGCAGUCCCCGCCCAACAUGAACUUUGGAGCCCUCACCAGUCCGCAGAUGAACUCUAUGAACAGUGUCAGCAGCUCUGAGGACAUCAAGCCUCCACCGGGGCUGCAGAACCUGGGAAACAUCAACUACCAGAGUACAAGCCCCGGGGGGAUGAAGAGAAAUCCACAAAUGAUAAAAUCCCAACGCAUCUUUCCCACAGGGAAACACUAUGGCGUCUACAGCUGUGAGGGAUGCAAAGGCUUCUUUAAAAGAACAGUCCGCAAAGAUCUCACGUACACAUGUCGAGACAACAAGGAGUGCCUGAUUGACAAGAGGCAGCGAAACCGCUGCCAGUACUGUCGUUACCAGAAGUGCCUGGCCAUGGGCAUGAAGAGAGAAGCGGUGCAGGAAGAGAGGCAGCGUGGGAAAGAGCGGGGGGAGAAUGAGGUGGAAUCUACCAGUAGUUUCAACGAGGACAUGCCUGUGGACAAGAUCCUCGAUGCUGAGCUGGCCGUGGAGCCAAAAACAGAGACGUACACUGACGGCAGCCCCGGGAACUCGACCAACGACCCAGUCACCAACAUUUGCCAAGCAGCAGACAAGCAGCUCUUUACUUUAGUGGAAUGGGCAAAAAGAGUCCCGCACUUCUCUGAACUUCCCUUGGAUGAUCAGGUCAUCCUACUACGAGCAGGCUGGAACGAACUGCUCAUUGCCUCAUUCUCUCAUCGCUCAGUCACGGUCAAAGACGGCAUCCUGCUGGCCACAGGCCUGCAUGUCCACAGGAGCAGUGCCCACAGUGCUGGUGUGGGCUCCAUAUUUGAUAGGGUCUUAACAGAGUUGGUAUCUAAAAUGAAAGAUAUGCAAAUGGACAAGACGGAGCUGGGCUGUCUUCGAGCCAUUGUCCUUUUUAACCCAGAUGCAAAAGGUCUCUCGAAUCCACCUGAAGUUGAGGCACUGAGGGAAAAGGUCUACGCUUCACUGGAGUCAUAUACGAAACAGAAAUAUCCAGACCAGCCUGGCAGGUUUGCUAAACUGCUGCUGCGGCUGCCGGCACUGCGCUCCAUCGGCCUCAAGUGUCUGGAGCAUCUGUUCUUCUUCAAGCUGAUUGGAGACACACCUAUCGACACCUUCCUAAUGGAGAUGCUGGAGGCGCCACAUCAGAUCACAUGACGGCAGUUUCCCCCUUCCCUUUGUAUAUACUCCCGCAUUCUGAGCGAAAUGAAGAUAGAAUGACAAAAAAGACUUGAUUUUACUGUAAAACAGCAUAUUUUGUACCAAGUAAACCAUUGUAAUUAAAAGUUUUAAAAAUAUUUUAAUGCUGUGGGAGGGGUAACGUGGAUCGAGGACAAUGUCACACUGAAUUCUUAUACAAUUGUUGACGGAUUUAUUUUGUAAAUAGAUAAUUUCAUGUGUCCAUUAAAAAACAAUUCAAUAUUGAAAAUUAUUUUAUUCAAAGAAGAUUUCAAUAGGAAAAAUAAACCAUUUGUGCAUUUCUUAAAACAGUUUUGAAAAUUCACAUACAAUAAAGUUAUUUAAAAAUGUA